UAACAGAUCUUGGGAAAAUACAUCCAAAUAUGCCCUAAUGUAAGUCUGUUGGAAUCCCCUUGGGUAGAGGCGUAGUGAAGCGCUACGAAAUUUGCUAGGCCAAAAAGACAAAGCGUAUUUUGCACAGAAUUGGGCUUUGCUCAGAUCGCGUGGCUCAUCUCCACACAACAUAGACACGUGCCUAUCGCACCGGAAAAAUUCUCCAGUCCAUGUUCUUCGCCAUUGCGAUAACGGUCGAGCCGCGCGAUCCUUGCAUGUCAACCGUAGGGCAUGCGUAGGGAGCAGCUUCUUUCGAACAAGCUUUGAUCCACCCACGCGUCCCUGUGCAAAUCGCAGGGGUGAUCGUUUUAUCGCAUCGGGAUUGCGUGCUCAGUCAUAGAAGACAUAAAUGGUGAUGUGCAAUUAGAAAAAGCCACUGAAUUGCCAGUCAGAAGAACUACCCCAACAUGAGAGCUCAUCUCCUCGUCGGCUUUGCUGCUGCCGUCAGCCCAGCUUCUGCCAGAGGGCCUUUCCUGCAACAGAUCAAUUCGACGUCAUGGAUAUUCGGCAACGAUAUAUGGAAUCUAACACAAGGUCAGACCUACGCUACAAACUUGCAAUACCAGGGUUCAGAUGCUGUUAAAGGCGCACCGGGUCAUUACGCGGGAUAUGAUGGUGAAUCCAACCUUCAGUAUACCUCUGCCCAGAUCGUGUCAGAUGCUCCUGAUUAUAUCGAUAUCAGCUUCUCAUCCACAUACGGAGAGCUUCACUGGGUUAUAUAUCCUGACCUUGCUGGCGCUUACCAAUAUUUCGUCAACAAAGCGCUCCCGGAUAUAUCCAUCUUCCGUACUUUGUGGCGUCUGGACCCGGCAAGAUUCACGAAGGGCUACACCACAACCAAAGAUGGACCGCUUCCAGACUUCUCUCUGUAUGCAAAUGCGACUAAAGUGCAAGACGAGACCUUCCAACUUGCCGAUGGAUCGUAUAUUACCAAGUACGACUUCUCGAAUUAUGUGCGCGAAAGAGAUUUCGUAGGCGUGUACGGCGAUAAGACUGGCUCGUGGUACAUUCAUCCGUCAUAUGAGUAUCAGCCAGGGUCCCAACUGAGUCAGACAUUGACUGUACAUCGCGAGUCAUCGAAAGGCGACGCUGUGCAACUCAACGUUGUGCAGGAUACUUCGCACUUUAGGAUUGGCAACGCUGUUCCCCAGCCUGUAGGCAAAAUCUGGGGCCCGUGGCUUUGGUAUCUUAAUGACGGCUCGGUAGCCGAUGCACACAAGCGUGCUGAAAAAGAGCGUAAAAACUGGCCAUAUCCUUUUCUCCAGGACGAAGCUUAUCAUUCACGGGGUAACAUCAAAGGUAAACUUGUUCUAUCCGACGGCCGCCCUGCUGCGGGGGCUGCAAUAUUCCUUGGCGAUACCGAUACAUCGACUCGUCCGCUUGUUCAGGGCGCCAACUACUACUACACCACGUAUGCGGACGCGUCCGGAAAGUUUUCUCUGGAUCACUUGCGCACGGGAAAAUAUGGGCUAUACGCAUGGUCGAACGGCGGAGCACUCGGCGAUGUGUACACAAACUUCACGACAAGCAGCGUCAGCAUCACGAAAGGGAAAACUACGAACCUGCGUACGUUGACCUGGGAAGUCCAACAGAAUCGCACUAGCGUUUUUCAAAUCGGUGAUUUUGACAAGAAAGCACUUGGUUUCAGGAAUGGCGGCGCCCCAAGGCAGCAUGGACUCACCGAGAAAGGACCUGCAAACCUAACUUUCGUGGUCGGCACAUCGAAAACGUCGGAUUGGUACUAUGCCUCUUCGAAACUCGGCACGUGGGAUGUAGUCUUCAAUACCACGCGCCCAAACCCUAGCGCAACCGCCUUGCUCUCUCUAUCUUUGGCGGGCUACUCGCAGAGCACUGGACUCACGAUAUAUCUAAACGGGAAUACAACAAUUGGCACUAUUAACAAGGACACUCAGACGAAUGACCCGGCACUGUAUCGAUCUGGGACGACCAGUGGAGAGUGGCGAUUAUUGCAGUUUGAGCUUCCGGGCUCGAAUCUGCAUAAUGGGCGGAACGUGCUGAGUUUUACGGUUGAUAGGUACACUCAGUGGCGCGGUAUCUUGUGGGAUAGCAUCAUCCUCGAGUGGGUCGGAUAGUGCAGCCGUCACUUGCCGGUGUUCUGCUGGUGAGAUGCAAUUAAUGCU